AUGGUGAGUAAGGAGCCCAGCAAAUGCUUACUCACCGCCUCGGACAGCGACGUCGAGCCCGCGGCUUCCCUGGCGCUGGAGAUGAAAUACGCGCUGGAUCCCAACCGGCAGAUCAAGAAACGGAACAAAGCCCUCCAGGUGAGGUUCAAGGAUAUCUGCGAGGCCCAGAACGAGCAGAGGGACAAGCAGCUCUCCACGUCCUCCACGCAGGACCCCGACAAGAGGGAGGCCAAGGCCAUCUCCUACAAGACGGCUUAUCGCAAGUACAUGACGGUGCCCGCCCGCAGGUCCAUCCCCAACGUCACCAAGAGCACGGGAGUCCAGACUUCCCCUGAUCUCAAAAAGUGCUACCAGACCUUCCCUCUGGACCGGAAAAAAGGGAAUAUUCUGAAAAGCGCCUCGACUGUGGACACGUUACCGAGCGAGAACAACGGGUUCCUGCUCGAGGUGAAGGACAGGGAAGGCCGGGGCUCGGGCGAGGCCGCGGCGUGGGGCGGGAAGGCCGGCAGCCUGCACGCGGCCGAGUUCAUCUCCCACAUCUCCGAGCGCGCCGCGCACGACGACGGCGCCGAGGCCUGGAAAAGCAGCGAUUUGCACAGUUCUCCCAAAGAGCCUCCUCCUCCGCCCGACUUGGCCGAGCCCGGCGAGGAGGAGCCGGCGAGGCCGCCCGGCCGGGGCAGAGGGGCGGCGGCGGCGCGGCUGGGGAGCGACGAGGCCGCCCAGCCCCUCCACGGGAGGGUCUUCAAAACCGAAGUGGCCACGGUUUACCUGCCGGCCUCGCGGCCCGACCUGCCCGGCCUGGGCGACUGGGGGCCGUGCCCCGAGGAGGACGACAAGAGGACGGUGCAGCUGAACGGGGUGCAGCCCCCGGCCGGAGACGCCCGAGCGUGUGCGGCGCGGGUGCAGUGCCCGGUCCCCGAAUGCAGUGACCAGAGCCUGCAGGUCAACGUGGCGCCCGUGGGGGAGGGCCUGCCCUGCCGGACGGCCGUGGCCGUGAGCCAGGAAUGCCAACAAAUCGUGCCUCACACCGAAGUUGUGGACUUGAAAGCGCAGCUUCAGAUGAUGGAGAACCUGAUCAGCUCUAGUCAGGAGACCAUCAAAGUGUUGUUGGGUGUUAUACAGGAGCUAGAGAAGGGAGAAGCUCACAGGGAAGGGCUUUCCUAUCGGACCGGUCAGGACACGGCCAAUUGUGACACAUGCAGGAACAGUGCAUGUAUUAUCUACAGUGUGGAACUGGAUUUUAAACAGCAAGAAGAUAAGCUACAGCCAGUUUUGAGAAAACUUCAUCCUAUUGAGGAAACUCAGGUUGCACCUUUGCCUUAUUCUCAGGAGAGCUACUCCUCUACUCCCAAGCAAAAAUCCAAAACUGAAUCAAAAAAGCACGGAAGAUGGAAACUCUGGUUCCUUUAA